AUGAGUGCUAUCACACCACGCUAUCUGACCGGAAAUACAGAGGGCAUCAAGGACUUCCUGGAUCGCUUCGAUGUCUUCCUCUUCGACUGUGAUGGUGUCCUGUGGUCUGGUGAUCAUGUCUUCCCCGGUACCGCUGAGACACUAAAUAUGUUGAGAAGCAAAGGCAAGCGGGUUGUCUUCGUUACAAACAACAGCACGAAGUCGCGGAAAGACUAUAAGAAGAAACUGGACGGUCUCCAAAUUCCAAGCACUGUGGAAGACAUCUUCUCCUCUUCAUACAGUUCAGCGAUAUACAUCUCCCGUAUCCUUCAGCUCCCCGAAAACAAGCGCAAAGUGUUUGUCCUAGGCGAAACUGGUAUCGAGCAGGAGCUCGCAUCGGAAAAUAUUCCUUACAUCGGUGGCACUGAUCCUGCCUAUAACCGCGAGUUUAAGCCCGAAGACUAUAAACUGAUCGCUGCCGGUGACUCAUCCCUCAUCGACCCUGAAGUGGGAGUCGUGCUGGCUGGACUGGAUUUCCACGUCAACUAUCUGAAGUUGGCGUUGGCCUAUCACUACAUACGCCGUGGAGCUGUCUUCCUCGCGACCAACAUUGACAGCACCUUACCUAAUACCGGUACUCUGUUCCCAGGCGCUGGAUCUAUCAGCGCGCCCCUUAUCAUGAUGCUGGGCAAAGAGCCAGUGGCACUUGGAAAGCCUAGCCAGGCUAUGAUGGAUGCAAUUGAGGGCAAAUUCAAAUUUGACCGGAAACGCACAUGCAUGGUCGGAGACCGCGUCAAUACGGACAUUCGAUUUGGAAUUGAGGGUAAGCUGGGCGGUACGCUGGGAGUCUUGACCGGCGUCAGCACCAAGGACGACAUCUUGACAGGUGAAUGCCGUCCCCUAGCUUACGUUGACGCACUGUCGGAUCUCCUGGCAGGUAAAUAA